AUAUGGAAAAUUUAGGCCCAAAUCUUUGAUUCAAAUUUUGAACAAACCGCACCAGUUUUCAAAAAUCAGUGAAUGUUGUGAUAUUCUAAAUACAUUGAAGACACCAAAACAGAAAAGAUUUUUCAGUUGGUGGGCAUUUCCGAGCUGGACCUCAUUGUGUGACUGACUAUAACAGAGCAGGGACACCUAAGUUGAGGUAUCAUGGCACCUGUAAAUUGACCAGGUGCACGUAUUAAGACAUCAAAUGUUUAUUAUAAGUGAUCAGUUUUAUACAUUCCCAGUGUGUUUAUAAUGUUCAUUCUUGGGAUUUCGCAACGAAAUGAUUUUCCUGGCGUACAUCUCCAUCGGCUGUUGUGUUGGACGCUGAGUAGUUAAUUUUGCCGUUUCAUUGAUGUAUUACACAAAGAGGUAUCUGUGUUAAUCAAGCAUUCCAUCAUUCUUCUUUGAAAGAAGAAUCUCAAAGAAGCAAGAUUUAUUUUGGAAUAAUAAACGAGCACCAAUUGAAGUACCAAAAAUCUUCCAAGCUACUAGCAGUAUAUAUAUUCUUGAUCAAUGGCAAAGUGUUUGACAAUGAAGCUGCUUGCAGUUAUAAAGAUCUUCACAUUUGCAUUCGUAUUCCAAAGAACAGAAGCGAGAAUUUACGGUAUCUUUGAAGUUGCUGCAAAUGAGAGGGUUUUCAAAAAAGCAUUGGUUAAGCUUAAUAUCAGUACUACCAAUGCCUCUUCAUACUUUGCACCCAACUUGAGUUUAAGCCAAUUUGUGGACCGGGGAAAUGACAUUGCUAAAGAAUUGAACGGACAUGGAAUAAGCGGCGGAUAUGUCCUUAAUGACUUAAGCAAUGUCAAAAACGAGAUCUUCAGAGAAAUUUCGAAUCAUGCAAAAGGCAAUGGAAGAAUUCAUACCGAGAAGGCUUUUAGUGGCCUUGACCGGACUGUAAACCAGUUAUCUGAAGUUAACGACCUGGUCAAGUUGGUCAAUCUAAUUCCUCUCCCAUCUAAAGGAAUAUCCAUCGUAGUGGAUGACUCGCAAUUUGGACGUGCUUCCCUUACCCGUAUUGUUGAGAAAUGCACAGAGAAUGGUCUAAAUAUAACAAGCAUGCAAUUGAUAAAGAAUGUUACUAAGAGAACCAUAUUUGCCUUAAAUAUUCACAAAAGUAAUGUGCUUAUUGUUGAUGUUGAUGACAAGAAAACAGUCAAAAUCGUUAACAUGGUAAAACACUUGGGCGUGACAGGCUAUCGUGAGGAAUUGUACUGGAUGAUGACCAAACGAUCUACUGGACAAAUCGGCAGUAAAUGCAACUUGCUUCCACACACAUAUCGAUAUAUAGACUAUGUCCCUGCUUCCGUAUCUUCAGACUACAUCAUAGAGAAGAUCCAGCGACGAAACUUGGCCAGUCUAAAUUGGAGUCGCGAUGGCACUACAGGAAUGAAAUCAUCUAUCAAAGAACUUAACACCCACAUUCAAUCAUGGUUCACUGUGAAUUCCCUAACAAUGCAGCCUGAAAAGCAUUCUCACUCUACAAGCAAAGGUGAAGAUUUGCCGCCGGUGGUUCGAGUGGCAAUCUCGCACACUGCCGCACCUUGGGUGAUUGUGGAAGAGGUGAAUAAAACUCACACCGACCGAGAAGCAUGUGGUCGUUCCGGCAUGUUGGGAGAGAAGUUUGUCAAUGGAACAGACACUGUGAAGAUAUGUGCUUAUGGCUAUGUUAUCGAUUUACUAAAUCUUUUGAAAACAAAGCUCCUUUUUGAGGCUGUAAUUUCCACCUCAAGAGACGGAAAAUUUGGAUCUUAUGACAUAGAAACAGGUGAAAGUGAUGGAAUUGUUAGAGAAGUGCUUGAAAACAAAGCCGACAUUGGCCUAGAUCUAACCGAGAACAAAGGGAGAUCCACAGCACUUUGGUUCUCGAACCCCCAUCUUAUUGCUCCAAUUUCCAUAGCCUACAUACAGGGAAACAGUUUUGAUGAAUCGAGUAUUUUUGGUCCUUUCAGUAAAAACCUAUAUAUUGGAAUAAUUGGGAUGAUUGUAGGGCUAGUUGUGUUCGUUUUUGUAAUUGAACGUGUCAGUCCUUACAGUGGAUUUCAAAUUAGACAACGAUCUUUUGUCGACAUGGAAGACUUUGGAGCGUUUGACAGUACAACGUACGUAUGGGGCACCUUAUUUACAGGCGAAAUAAUUGAAAAGAAACCAAAAUCAUCUGGAAGCCGGACAAUGGUACUUGCUUUCUCGUGGGUGUCCGUUGUUAUUCUAUCGGCAUAUUCUGGAAACCUUAUCACCUACCUGGUAGUAUUGGAUGAAAGACCUCCAGUGUCAGGAUUGUUUGACCCAAAGAUAAUCGGAAAAGAAAGUACAAUGAAAAUUGGGACCCAUGUCAGUACAUUUGUUGAUGGAUUGAUCAAGACUCAUUCGGAUACCAGAGUUAGAAACCUUUAUGGAAGACUGACGCACUGCAUAAGUUUCGAUGAAUGUGUGCUGAAAUUAAAGAAAAGGGAAAUUGACUUACUUAUGUCUGAAGGCCCAACUUUGAGAUACUAUGCAUCGAUUGAUCGCAGCUGCUCUUUGAGAGUCAUGGACCUGAAAGAACGAGAUCGUGCGAUGGGAAUUGUUGCACGAAAAAACUGGUCAUGGAGGAGAAGGAUCAACACAGCUAUCAAUCAUAUAGUUGCAUCCGGAAAUGCUGACUACCUUCAUGCCAAAUGGCUGGGAAAAGUUCCUUGCAAAAGAACAAACACUUUCUUUAGCCUUGAUAUCAUGAGACUAAAGGUUCUGUUCGUCUUGCUUGCAGGCUUUAUGGCUGGGUGUAUUUUUGUAAGCUUAACUUUGAGAAUUGCCAGCAAGUUUUACACGGAAAAGAAAGAUGACACGGAUGAAGAAAAUGAUUGAAUUUAAAAUCAACAAUUUGUUUAAAUGUCCGAUCCUAAAACAGGAGCUUUCAAUCAAAUUUCAGCCAGGAGAUGGAGCUGUUGCAGCUAAAGGCCAUGGAGCUGUUGGAAUAAUAGUAUGUAAAUAUGAGAAAUAUAUUAAGUGAUAGGUACUAAUGAAAAUAGAAAACCGUCACAUCUAUAGUUUAGUAUUUCCUUUAGAACGAAUUGAUUUUCUUAGAAGCUGCUCAAAUGCAACUAAGGCAUACAUUACUCGUUUGCAACUUCUUUAAUUUCCAUAAGGGUAUCAAUUUGCUAGGUCUUUCUGCUAGAAGAAUUAUUCAUUUGAAAUUAUUUCAUGUAUUGUUUAAUGUUAUUCUUCCAUCACACUUUUUCUUAACCUUUUGUUUCGAAAAAUGCGAAAAAAGGUAUUGACCUGUUUAAGUGUAUUGUAAUAUGUAAAAUUAGAUUACUUUUGUUUCUAAAGCAAAAAAAAUAGAAUUCUGGUGUAGUGUCAUCCAUUAUAAAUCAUGCUGUGUGUUUGUUCAAUUUCUUCUUUGCUUUUAAGAUCUUUUUUUAGCAUUUGUAAUCCUUUGUAAUACUGCAUUUGUAAUCUAUAGUAUCCUUUGAACAAGCACGUUUCACUUCUAUGAAGUAUCCGAGCCAAGAGAAAAAAAAUUUUUUCUCGAAAAAUCUGCUUCAUGCAUUGGAACUUUAUGGUUUGAUCCAAUUUAGCAUUCUUGAUUAGAAAGUGGACUGAAAGAGGAUGAAUUAGAAUAGAAACAAUUUGCAAAGAAGUACCCAAAGGUGGGAGCAUCAUUCCUUUGCUUUUUGCUUGGCCAAAAAACAGCCUCAGCAACCUCAAAAAUCUUAGCUUUUAGAUGAAAAUUGAUGUAACCAAACUGCCUUAAUUUUAUUCGUUUAGGGAAAUAGACUUACUUUUGUCUGACAGUCCAACUUUGAGACACUACGCAUCGAUUGAUCACAACUGUUCUUUUAGCGUUCUGGAAUUAACACAAAGAGGUCGUGCAGUGGGAAUCAUUGCACGUGAAAAUUGAUCAUGGACGAGGAAGAUGAACACAGAUAUCAAUCAUUUAGUGGUAUCUGGAAGUGCUGACCACAUUCUUGCUAAAUGGUUCGGAAAGGUUCUUUGCAAGAAAACAAGCACAUUUUUCAACUUGAUAUUAACAUGCUUAAGUAUCUCUUUGUCUUGCUUUAGUUUAGCCUUGAGAAUCGCCAGUCCGUUUUACCAAAUAAGAGGACAUAACAAAGAUUUAGGGAAUUUAAUCCCUGGUUGGUGUUGGUGUUAUCAUUCUUUUUACUUGUCUUUCAAUUCAGGGCAGCUCACACGGGGCUGCAAAUUAUAUGUAACACAAAGGAACACCGGUUAGAGAAAAAUAAUAGAUACGCAAAUAACGUUAAAAAAAUGCAUGUGCUAGUGGAAGGAGAAAAAGCCAAAAUAGACAUUAAGUCAUAAAAUGCAAAUAAAAAUUUUUUUUAAUGUGCCAUGACGACAAGACUUCCUAUGCAAGUACCUUUCUCCUAAAACCACUUUGCUGUCCAUAGAGUUAUCACCAACGGAAAAUAGAAAAGAAAUUUGAAAAAUAGUUGAAAUUUGAUUGUUUUUAAAGACGUGCUUAUUUUUUUGCUGUGCAAAUAAAGAUCGAUCAAUUAUGGUUCUGCUGCAUGGUAUUGCUUUUUACACUCUGUUAAAGCAAAUACCUGGUGGCUUUAUCAAAAUUGUUCUAUGGUGUUUAUGACAAUAAGGCUGUGAAAAUUAUUCAUCUGUUCACAAAGAAUAUCAAGGCCAUUUGGAACAAGCAAGGUAUAAAAUUUGACCACACAAUAUUUCUGUGCAAAAGAGGGUCUACUGGCAACACCUUUCCUCCUGCUACUGUGUCUUGUGUUUGUUUCCUUUUGUUUCCUUCUGUUUUUUUUAAUUCUAUUUAUUUUUAUUACUGUUUGUCUCUUUUUCCUCUUUUUAUCACGUUUGUUUCUCCUUGUUCUUUUUGUUUCUUCUUUUUCUUCUGUUUCUUUCAAAUUCUUUUUAUUUUUAUUUCUGUUUGUCUCUUUUUCCUCUUUUUAUCACGUUUGUUUCUUUUUGUUUCUUUUUGUUGCUUAUUUUUCAUUUCUUUUGUUUCCUUCUGUUUCUUUUUUAAUCUUCGUAUUUUCAUUUCUUUUUGUUUCUUCUUUCCACUUUCAUUACUUUUGUU